CCGGGCUGGUGGUACUAGUUUUUUUUUGUUUUUGUUUUUAGUGGUCUGUGGAGGUUUUCGGUGCUUGGCGCUCCUCGCUGUCGGCGGAGAUAACAUUCCAGCGAGAGACCCCCGUCAGAUGAAGAGGAAAGAGUCGAUCGCAAUUGACGACCACCAAGGUGCUGAUCUGCGAUUUACAGAGAGCGUUUGUGUGGUAGUGGACCGUAGCAGUAUUUUUGGGCUCACACGAAUGACUUCAAUGCGCACUUGCAUCUGGAAGACGAAACUCGAAAAAACGAUCGCAAUAUUCUUCUAUAGCGUCCGAAUACGCGGCGGUGUUGUGUUGCAUAAGAUUCCGCUCGGUGUCCGGUUGGUGUUUGUUUUACUGCAGUUCAAAAGUGUGUGACGAAAAUGUCCUACCAGUGUAAGAACUGUGAACGCGAGAAGGAUCAGAAUAACAACUAUGUGAAUGCUACCUAUGCGGCCAAUGCGAACGGAACUCGUGGCAGUCGGGCCAAUUCCGUGCGAUCCGGAGCUGACCCGAGACUGCCAAGAAAUACUAGUGGAGGGCGAAACAACAACGAAACCACUGCCGGUGGUGGUGGUGGCGGUGGUGCCUCGCAAGGGACAGUUUCCGGAAGUGGUGCCACAACCCAAGUGACGGCCAAAGUGAUGUGGGGCAGCGUCGGUGCGAUCAAAGAACUUCGCGAGAAAGAACAAGCCGAACGAAAUCAGGUCACCAGGGCCGGGCGUCGGCAGUAGCUA